CACGAUUGGUUGAGAGACAUGAGGGAUGCAUAAAAAGAGAGAGAGUGUGAUGGAGCAAGAGAGAGAGAAGAGAUCACCAGGGGACGGAGUAAGCAAGCAGUUAGGGCUGGAGGGAAGGAGAUCAGACAGCAAAAAAGAAUGUAGAGAGACAGAGAGAAAAAAAGAAGGAUAGAGGAAAUAGAAGAAAAGACAGAUGUUAUAGCUGUUCUUUUUGCCCACUGACACCCAAGCUGGUGUGUGUGUGUGUGUGUGUGUGUGCUUGUGACAGCAGCCGCAGCGUCAGCAGCAGUAGAGGGAGGAUGGAUCAAAGAGAUUGUAGGACACCAUGCAUUUAGCUGCCUAACUUCUCUGCACACACACCACAGCCGGCUAAACAAGAACACGCUUAUACUAUAUGCAGCCCACCCCCCAUGUGUGUGUGGGGACAGCGCAGAUGAGGCAACCACCAACGGGAGGUGUGGAUACUUCCAGAAGUGUUUGGUACGGGGAAAGGACAGCCUUGAUGGUCGUAGCCCAGCAGGAGUUGUCGUAGGUGGGGAAGGGUCGGACCGCCGACUGCCACCACCGCCACAACCACCUUCGGUUUACUUCAGAGCUCUGGAAAUGCCAAAGAUGGACAUGUCCUUAAUCCUUCUCUUCCUCAAGCCAGUGUGUGUUUCCUCCAUGCUGCGUUGCUGUCGCCUGGCUUGUCUGUCAGCUGCAGGGGGAUUCAGUAUUGUGUGGUGUUGAGAAACGCACACACUGAACACAGCUGGAGUUCGGGAGAAUAGAUUCACUGAGACUUCUCUCUGCUGUGCUGAAGGAUGGAUUCAGGGGAAGACGAGUGCACCCAUUUCCUGCAGUACGCGGAGGACAGUGGUCUGAGGGCGUAUGACGAGCUGGUUAUCCAAAACGCCUCUGACAUCGCCAGGGAGAGCGAUCGCGUCCGCAACCACACACAGUGGACAUACCUCCAGGAGAAAAACCAGAAGAAGAGACGGCAGGAAGAAGCUAUCAAGAGGAUUGGCGAGGAUGUGGCCCGUGUGACAGAAGGAGGGGGUUACGCAGGCAAACACUUUCGUAUGGGCUUCAUGACGAUGCCGGCCCCUCAGGACCGUGUUCCUUCUUCCUGUGGGCCAGGAUUCACCGUGCGCUCGCAGUCUCUGCACUCGGUGGGAGGGGGAGAGGAGGAGGAAGGGAGUCCCACCUCGAGAAAACAGCCCCCGCCUAAACCCAGACGAGAUCCCAACACCAAACUCAGCACCUCCUCUGAGACCGUUAACACUGUGCUCAGCACUGGGAAGAGCGGGACGGAAACAGAGAAGUGUGACGCAUCGAAAUCCUGCAGUGAGGAGUACCGUCGCAUGCCUCCACCCAAACCCAAACGCAACCCCAACACCCAGCUCAGCACAUCCUUUGACGAGUCUUACAUUCAAAAACACGGCAGCAAAGCUAAGUCAGCCUCUCUGCCGCGUCAACACAAAAAGAAGUCGGCAUCUCAGAAUCAAAGCCCUGCCCCCGACACUGAUGAUGAGGCGGAGCCGGUUUAUAUAGAAAUGGUGGGGAACAUCUUACGAGACUUUAGUCGAAUUGCCGGCGCUAAUGGCGAUGAGGAGGAUGACCAAGGUGAAAGUGUGUAUGAGGAGAUGAAAUAUCCUGCCUUCGACGAUUUAUCUUCAUCUUUAGACCACUUACAGUCACGAUGGGAGCAAUGUCCCAGUGCUUUGGUGCCGGAAGUCGAACUAACACGACCCACCACUCCACGUGGUUCACUGUGUGACAUUCCCGCCCCAUUCCCGAAUCUGCUUUCCCAUCGACCUCCUCUAUUAGUAUUUCCACCUGCACCAGCCCAGUGUUCCCCCAACUCUGACGAAUCCCCUCUUACUCCAUUAGAUGUCACCAAACUGCCCAUGUUGGAGAAUGUCGGAUAUGGGAAACCUGGUGCAUCCCCAACUAGUGCCGAGCCUGGACCACCGAUGGAGGUGCAGCAGGUGUCUGCUAAACACCACCACCACCAUCAUCAUCAUCAUAAGAAGUCUGCAGAGACUAAGGAGCAGCAUACAAUCACAGCAUCAGGACGAUCAUCUGCUCCUCCUCUGCCAUCUGCACUUUAUAAAAGUGGCGGGUCAUCCACGGCACACGGUUAUCCAAGGAGCCACUCCGCCUGCCCGUCCCCUGUCAGUAUGGGUCGCGCAUUAACGCCACUUACCUUGAAGCGCCCCCCGCCGUACGACGCUCUCAUGACCGGGACAAUUCCUCGCAGUGCAUCUGGAGUUCCAUAUGGAUCACGUGAAAGUGGACGGCUCUCGAAUUCCUCCAGUGUGUAUGGAGGGUCCAUGCAAAACGUUUCCACUGCUUCGGGUUCAAGCUCAGGGUCGGGAGGUCGAGGCAGUCGUACACCGACCAGUCCUUUGGAUGAACUCAGCAACUUGUUCUCUUCCGGACGUAACAUGUUGAAGAAAGGUUCUGGAAACCGCAAGAGUAAGGAGUCCGCAAAUGGUGAAAGUAAAGGCAGAAGUGACAGCAGGGACAGAGCCCAUCGCAGCUCUUCCCCGAAAUCACAGGAUUGGGAAACGCCCACAGGACAAUCAGCCACGCCCACAGCCACGCCCAGUCACUUUGGCCGCUCCUCCAUUAGCCCGACCACCAUGCUUGGAGAUACAAAAGUCGGGUGUAAACUUGGUCGCUCUGCAUCUACAUCAGGAGUCCCAUCCCCUGUGGGAACGCCUCAGAGACAUGCCCCCGAUGCCUCCGCCCAUCCAUGCGGGACUCCGUUCCAGAUGCCCCCAAUGCCCUGGGCAUGUGGGGACAGCACCAUGAUGGAGACGAUCGAGAAGAAACGUCAUCUGUGCAAGGAGAUAAAAGCCAGACAGAGACCUUCAGACAAAGCCCUGUGCAAACAGGACAGCAUGCCCAUCCUGCCCAGCUGGAAGAAGACCAACGGGGGCAAGAAAUUUGGGCCCCCUCCGUAUUCCACCCAAACCACUGUCUUUUGGGACACUGCUAUAUAAAUGGUGACCAGCGAACUACAGCCAUGGAGACAAAUAUUGGUUGACAGCUAGAAGAAAGAAGGACCAUGCAAAAUACACAGUGAAGGAUUAUCAAAUCUCCCUGGUUUCCUAUAACUGUUUAUAUUUGAUAUUUUUAUAUUGGAGAUAACUGUCUUAAUAUUAAAUAUAAUUAGAGGUUUUAUAAAGAGGAAUCGUCCAAAUGGGAUCUAAGAGUGAAUAAUACCCAUGAGAUGAUAUUUGUCCUCUUGGAAAUGGUAUUUCUAUUUAUUUUCUAUCUUUUUUGGGGGGGUGUUUCUAUAUUAGGCACUCAUCCGUGUGUCUGGGGAAAUAAUCUUUAAUGUGUGGUGAAAUAUGUGCAGUGAGUCCAUUGAGAAAACACGUUGAUUUUGAUGCCUAUGCAUUUGGUUAGAUGGCAUGAACGGCGCUUUUGUUCAUUGUCCGUUUUUCAUAUGGAGAGUUUAUUUGAAAAUAAUAUAUUUUUUGGUGUCUGUAUUUUAAAUGUUGGAUCGUGAGGUGUCAGGCGUUUUUUUUUAAUGAUUAUUUAUUUUUCUUCUGGGCUGCACUUGAAGGUGAUCGGCUGGAUUUUGAGAUAUUAGUUGGGUCUGAUUAGUCGAAGUAGAUUAUGAGAUCAUUGGGUUGGAGAUUGGGCAGUUGGUCAGAUAUUGAGCAUAGAGUCAGAUAAACUGAGGGCACGUUCUGUUUAGUGAGGUCAGCUGGUGCAUUCAAUUGUGAGCACUGUAAACUCACAGACACACACUGAUAUCAGCUGCUUUAUGGAAUAACAUUUGGUGCUGUUCAACAACUUUUCUUGAAUGUUCAGUCUUAACAGCUACAUGACAUCUGCAUGGGCGGUUUGCAUAUAUUCAAUAGGUUUGCAAAUGAUCAGGGACUGGAUGAUGGAAAUUCAUUAAUCUGGUCCUCUACCAUGUCAGAAAACAUCUCGAAUACAGACACUGUCCUUUUAUGAAGCACUAUGCAGACAUACUGUCAGUUUACAUGCUCAUAUACCACUGCGACACGAGUCGGGGCAGGAAAUAUGGUACUGAGAAGGCUAAGAAAGAAAAGACCAGGCAUCGAGUCUGCUUAGAUGCUGUGCAUCAAGACUACAUCCAUAGCUUUACCAAGCAAUCAAAGAGCCAUGCUGGUGCAUUAUGUGAACUAGUUAUCAUAAGAGUUUGCCCAAUAGAAAGCCAAGCACGGUCUUAAAGGGGGGGUGAAAUGCUAUUUCAUGCAUACUGAGUUUUUUACACUGUUAAAGAGUUGGAUUCCCAUGCUAAACAUGGACAAAGUUUCAAAAAUUAAGUUGUACGUUUGAAGGAGUAUUUUUGUUCCCAAAAUACUUCUUCCGGUUUGUCACAAGUUUCGGAAAGUUUUUUUCGAGUAUGGCUCUGUGUGACGUUAAAUGGAGCAGAAUUUCCUUAUAUGGGUCCUAAGGGCACUUCUGCUGGAAGAGCGCACGCUCCCGUAGAGCACAGCACUGAGAGCACAACAGACAUUCCCUGAUCAGAGCGAGAGCGCCGCGAAAUGUCACAAAAGAAGUGUGUUUUUGGUUGCCAGGGCAAGACAACCCUGCACAGAUUACCAAAAAAAAAAAAAAAAACAGCAUUAAGGGACCAGUGGAUGGAGUUUAUUUUACAGAGCAUCAACGGAGUUGUGUAAGUGUUUUUGUUUGUUACCUGCAUUUCAAAGAUGCUUGUUUUACAAACAAGGCCCAGUUUGACGACGGAUUUGCACAUAGUUUAUUUCUUAAGGAUGAUGCAAUCCCAACGAAAAAGGGCCACGAUCGUGUGUUGGAACCGCAGGCAGUGAGUAAAACUGCUUCAAAUAUCUCUGCCUCCUUGUUAGUGCGUCCCCUCCCAUGCCAGAGACCCGGGUUCGAGCCCCGCUCGGAGCGAGUCAUUGCUGCUUGGGAUCUGAUUUUGGAUCAUAAAUAU